AUGGAAGGGGCGCCGGCACUGCGCACAGAGCCUGGGGCCAUGAAGUAUGUGAGCUUUCCUGCGGAGCACCAGGGAAGUCCUUUGUGGUCAGGAAACGCCUCUGGCCCAUGGGCUGAAAAGAGACUUCAUGUAACGGGCUCGGAUGCAAAGAAUUACCAGAUGUAUGGCCCGGUGGCGCCACAGAGUUGGACUGAGAUGGCAAAGGAAUGGGCAAACGGUAUAAUGGGAACUAGGCAGGAUAACAGGAUACCAGCGGACCAAUAUCCUGUGAAAUACGGAGCUGAGGCUGCUCCUCUAGUCUACGAGCAAGGUGCCGGGCUCUAUGGGUCCCGUCCAGCAGAGCGAUUCGUCAUAGAGGCUCCCCCACAGCCGGUGUACGAGAGAGUUGUGUUCGUUCCGACGGCUACGGAUCCAAAGCUGCAAAGGAUGGUUACCCCUAGAGCGCUUCAGCAGCAGUUUGUUACUAUGGCCCCUCCGCAGCCAAUCCUGAUUCCUUUAGAAUCAGAAAUUGUGUGCAGGGGUCAUCCCUCCGACCGCACGGAGCUAUGUUUUGGUUUCACGCUCCCUCCUCGUCAGCUCAAAUUUGAUAUUGUGCGAGAGGAAGCUUCUGGGUGUUUCGGCUUAUGCCGUAGCCAAAGGUUUAAAGCCGUUUGCAGGAAAUGCAGGGCCGUGAUGCCGCCUUGCCAACAGUGCGGCAAGCAUGUUUAUCGUACGCCUUGGUCUACUCUAUUUAUACCUCGAAAAGUAAUUACGGAGAUACAUGGAUUGAUCCAACACAGCGUUUGA